AUGGCUCUCGACGGAUCAGGCGGCUAUGUUCCCGCUCAGAACUUACAGGACCUUGGGGAAAACUCCCUCCCCAUAUUCAAUGUCGAAACGGUCGCUUUACAGUUCUCCAUAGCCUCGGAUUUCGUCGCUGCCCAGGUCGCAAACAAUGUCCUGGUUCUGGCCCUUGCGAAUGGGAGGAUCCUCCGUAUAGACCUCGACAACCCGCAGGAUAUAGAUGACAUCGACCUCCCAAAAAGAGCUUCCGAAGUUGGUGUUAUUCGGCGCAUGUUCCUCGAUCCUACCGCGUCGCACCUAGUCAUCUGUACCGCCCUUGGAGAGAACUAUUACCUCCAUACACAAUCACGGCAACCUAGACCACUGUCUCGACUUCGGGGCGUUUCAAUUGAGUCGAUAGCAUGGAAUCCUUCUCUGCCAACUGCAUCAACAAGGGAGAUUUUGAUUGGAGCAUCUGAUGGGAAUAUAUAUGAGGGGUACAUCGAGACAGCCACUGAAUUUUACCGCAGGGAGGACAAGUACCUCAAGACGUUACAAAAGCUUGGAGAUGGACCGAUUACAGGAUUGUGGGUGGACCUUGUAGCUGGGAAACCAGACGUGCGGAGGAUUCUCAUCACUACCCAGAGCCGGAUUUUACACUUGAUUGGGAAGAUUGGCAAGGUCACACAUGAAGGAGGAGCAUCGAUUUUCACGAAGCUUUUCGAAACAGAACAACCUACUGUCCAUGAGAUUUCAAGACUAUCCACUGCAGCGGCGUCAUCUCUUGUGAUAUCGCCCGACUCCCCAGAUUUGAACUCCUAUGAAAGUUUGACGCCGGACCGCAUAUUUGCGUGGCUUUCGUCCCAGGGUGUGUACUAUGGAAGGUUGCUGACAUCGCCUGCUACAAAUGAUCUUGGAAACAAGGUCUUUUCCGAGGCUAAAUUGUUGCCUAGAUCACAACUACCGCCCGCAGAGAAUGUCAGUGGUCGCAAAAAGUCUACGCAAGACUCAAUUGAUUCUAUUGCUUUGACUCAAUGGCAUAUUCUCCAUUUAGUCGGAAACAGAAUAAUAGCUGUGAACAGAUUGGAUGACAGAGUGAUAUUUGACCAGGUUGUGCUGGACCCAGGCCAGGAAGCGUUAGGAUUAUACGCAGAUCAACAGAAAAACACAUUCUGGUUGUUCACUGCUAAGGACAUAUUCGAAAUCACUGUGCAGGACGAAGACCGAGAUGUCUGGAAGGUCAUGCUGAAAACGGAACAUUUUGAUGCUGCCCUUAGAUAUGCUCGAAAUCCAGCACAGAAGGACGCUGUUGCGACAGCAUCAGGUGAUUAUCUUAUCACCAAAGGAGCCUACCUGGAAGCGGCUGGCGUAUAUGGGAAGAGCAGCAAGCCGUUCGAGCAGGUUGCGCUGACCUUUGUUGACAAUGAUCAGCAAGAUGCUCUGAGAAAGUAUCUUCAAACGAAAAUCACCACAUACAAAAAGUCUUCGAUAAUGCAACGGAUCAUGAUUGCGAGCUGGCUCGUGGAAAUAUUCAUGUCCAAGCUCAAUUCUCUUGAUGACACUAUAAUCACCAAAGCAGAGCUUUCAGAAACGCUCAACACAACACAGACGAAAGAUCAGCUUGAUACAGUCCGGACUGAAUUUCAUGAGUUUGUGAAAAAGCACAAGAGUGAUCUCGAUCAAAAGACCGCUUAUGAUAUUAUUAGCAGUCAUGGUCGCGAGGAAGAAUUAUUGUACUUCGCCAACGCAGUAAAUGAUUACAAUUAUGUCUUAUCAUAUUGGAUGCAAAGAGAACGAUGGAAGGAGGUCCUAGAUGUUCUCAAAAAGCAGACCGACCCGGAAAUAUUCUAUCGAUACAGCAGCGGCCUCAUUACACAUGUCGCAACGGACUUAGUCGAUAUCCUCAUGAGACAAUCAGAUCUCAAAACUCGCAAUCUUAUCCCGGCGUUGCUUACUUAUGAUCGAAAUUUUGAAGGUCCCCUCUCAAAGAACCAGGCCGUUCGCUAUCUUUUACAUGUCAUCAACCAGCUUAAUUCCGAAGACGCCGCGGUGCAUAAUACCUUAAUAUCUAUCUACGCCUCACAUCCCUCCAAAGAUGAAUCUGCUCUUCUCUCAUAUCUUGAAUCUCAGGGAGACGAGCCAAGAUUCGACGCUGAUUUUGCUCUUCGACUUUGCAUUCAGCACUCAAGAGUACAGUCAUGUGUCUUCAUUUAUAGCACGAUGGGCCAGUAUCUCCAAGCUGUAGAGCUAGCUUUGGCACAUUCGGAGAUCGACUUGGCCUCAAUUAUUGCAGACCGACCAGUUUCAGAUCCUGCACUACGAAAAAAGCUAUGGCUAGCGGUAGCAAAGAAAGUCAUUUCACAGUCCAAUGGCAUCAAGACUGCCAUUGAAUUCUUAAAACGCUGCGACCUUCUCAAGAUCGAGGAUCUCAUACCGUUCUUCCCUGAUUUCGUCGUUAUCGACGACUUCAAAGAAGAAAUCUGCACCGCUCUCGAAGACUACAGUCGCAACAUCGAUGCUCUCAAGAAAGAAAUGGACGAAUCUUCUCAGACAGCCACAAACAUCAAAAUCGAUAUCGCCGCACUCGAUCACCGCUAUGCCAUCGUCGAACCGGGAGAGAAAUGCUAUAUCUGUAAUCUUCCCCUGUUAAGUCGACAAUUCUUCGUCUUCCCCUGCCAACACGCUUUCCACAGUGAUUGUUUAGGGAGGAAAGUCAUGGAACAGAGUGGUGUUGGGAAAGGGAAGAGAAUUAGAGAGGUGCAGAUGCAGAUUAGUAGGGGCUUGGUGUCGGGUGCUACGAGGGAUGCUGCGAUUGCGGAGUUGGAUGCUUUGGUGGCUAGUGCUUGUAUCUUGUGUAGUGACUUUGCUAUCAAACGGAUUGACGAGCCGUUUGUGACGGCGGCUGAUAAUACUACUGAAUGGGCUUUGUGA